CACCCACCCCCCGAACCCCCUUGAAAAAAAGCAAAAUCCGACUGUGUUUCCUGCAAGGCUCGGGAUUUCUGAUUGCGGUUAUUUCCAUGUUUCUAGGUUUGUGUGAUUUUGCUAAAAUGCAUCACCAACAGCGAAUGGCUGCCUUAGGGACGGACAAAGAACUGAGUGAUUUACUGGAUUUCAGUGCGAUGUUUUCACCUCCCGUGAGCAGUGGGAAAAAUGGACCAACUUCCUUGGCAAGUGGACAUUUCACUGGCUCAAAUGUAGAAGACAGAACCAGCUCAGGGUCCUGGGGGAAUGCAGGCCAUCCGAGUCCAUCCCGGAACUAUGGAGAUGGGACUCACUACGAUCACAUGGCCAGCAGAGACCUCGGCUCCCACGACAAUCUCUCUCCUCCCUUUGUCAAUUCCAGGAUACAAAGUAAAACAGAACGAGGUUCCUACUCAUCAUACGGACGAGAUUCCAACUUACAGGGCUGCCACCAGCAAAGUCUCCUGGGAGGGGACAUGGACAUCGGCACCCCCGGAGCGCUGUCCCCGUCCAAGCCCGGCUCCCAGUACUACCAGUAUCCCAGCAAUAAUCCGCGCCGGAGGCCUCUGCACAGCUCCUCCAUGGAAGUUCAGACAAAGAAAGUUCGGAAAGUUCCUCCGGGUUUGCCAUCCUCAGUUUAUGCUCCCUCAGCCAGUACUGCCGACUACAACAGGGAUUCUCCGGGUUAUCCCUCCUCCAAACCAGCAGCCAGCACUUUUCCUAGCUCCUUCUUCAUGCAAGAUGGCCACCACAGCAGCGACCCCUGGAGCUCCUCCAGCGGGAUGAACCAGCCUGGCUAUGGGGGAAUGCUGGGCAACUCUUCCCACAUUCCCCAAUCCAGCAGCUACUGCAGCCUCCACCCGCACGACCAGCUUGGUGAGGAUCCCGGGGAAGGGACACCUGACAUCAACUCCAGUCUUCCUCCGAUGUCCACGUUCCACCGGAGCGGGACCAACCAUUACAGAGCGCCUCGUCUGCACCCCCCGGCCAAUGGCACCGACUCCAUCCUGGGUGACCACAGAGGAAGUGGGGCAGCGGGAAGUUCGCAGACUGGUGAUGCCCUGGGGAAAGCUCUUUUAAAGAUCUAUUCUCCAGAUCACACCAACAACAGCUUUUCAUCAAAUCCUUCAACUCCUGUUGGUUCUCCCCCUUCUCUCUCAGGAACAGCUGUUUGGUCUAGGAAUGGAGGUCAAGCGGCAUCAUCUCCCAAUUAUGAAGGUCCCUUACACUCCCUGCAGAGCCGGAUCGAGGACCGGCUGGAGCGGCUGGACGACGCCAUCCACGUGCUGCGGAACCAUGCGGUGGGAGCGGCACCCAUGGCCGGGGCCCACGGGGACAUGCACGGGCUGCUGGGCGCCCACAACGGCGCCAUGGCCGGGCUGGGCGCCGGCUACGGCACCGGGCUACUCUCGGCAAACCGCCACUCCAUCAUGGUGGGAGCGCACCGGGAGGACGGGGUGAGCCUCCGCGGGAGCCACUCGCUCGUGCCCAACCAGGUGCUCACGCAGCUUCCCGUCCAGUCGGCCACGUCCCCGGACCUGAACCCGCCCCAGGAUCCCUACAGGGGAAUCCCGACAGGACUGCAAGGCCAGAGCGUCUCGUCGGGCAGCUCCGAGAUCAAAUCCGAUGACGAGGGUGACGAGAACCUCCAGGACACCAAGUCUUCGGAGGACAAGAAACUGGAGGAUGACAAGAAGGAUAUCAAAUCCAUUACUAGGUCAAGAUCUAGCAAUAAUGACGACGAGGACCUGACCCCGGAGCAGAAGGCGGAGCGGGAGAAGGAGCGGCGCAUGGCCAAUAAUGCGCGGGAGCGGCUGCGUGUGCGUGACAUCAAUGAGGCCUUCAAGGAGCUGGGCCGCAUGGUGCAGCUCCACCUCAAGAGUGACAAGCCCCAGACCAAGCUCCUCAUCCUCCACCAGGCCGUGGCCGUCAUCCUCAGCCUGGAGCAGCAGGUCCGAGAACGGAAUCUGAAUCCAAAGGCUGCGUGCCUGAAAAGAAGGGAAGAAGAGAAGGUCUCCUCGGAUCCGCCCCCGCUGUCCCUGGCAGGGCCCCACCCCGGGAUGGGAGAUGCCUCCAAUCACAUGGGACAGAUGUAAAAAGGUCCAAGUCGCCACGUUCCUGCCCGGAAAAGCGAGAGACCACUUCCUUAUCCGCUGUAUUCUCUUAAAUCCCACAGAAACACUUCUCCUUCCGAAACCCCUUUGUUUUGUAAGAUAAGACAAGUCUGAGCAGUUCUGAAUCCCAGACGCAAGAGAUUCCAGCAUUCCCGAGGGAAAAAAAAAACACAAAAAACCCACGGAACCCAACGAGAAAAAAACAAAACAAAAAAGUGCAACUUUUGGAGGGAUGACUCUCUUUGAACAUAUCAAGCAGAAUGUCCAACUUGGAAUUCCGAGACUGAAUGGCAAUCUUUUUCCACACUGUGGGACAAUGCAUUUGUGCCUAAAAUUCCUUGGUUUUUUUUUGGGUUUUUGGGGUUUGAGGUUUUUUUUUUUCGGUUUUGUUUUUGGUUUUUUUUUUGGUUUUUUUGGGGGGGGUUUCGGUGGUGGGUUUUUUUUGGUGUUUUUUUUUUGGAC